UCUCUCAGGGAGCCAGUGGAUGAAGUGCUCCAAAUUCCCCCUUCACUGCUGACAUGUGGUGGCUGCCAGCAGAACAUCGGGGACCGGUACUUCCUGAAAGCCAUCGAUCAGUACUGGCACGAGGACUGCCUCAGCUGCGACCUGUGCGGGUGCAGGCUUGGAGAAGUGGGGAGACGGUUGUAUUAUAAACUGGGCAGGAAGCUCUGCAGAAGGGACUAUCUCAGGCUCUUUGGCCAAGAUGGCCUCUGUGCCUCCUGUGACAAGCGAAUCCGGGCUUAUGAGAUGACCAUGCGUGUGAAGGACAAAGUGUAUCACCUUGAAUGCUUCAAAUGUGCUGCCUGCCAGAAGCAUUUCUGUGUUGGGGACAGAUAUCUCCUCAUCAACUCGGACAUAGUAUGUGAACAGGACAUCUAUGAGUGGACUAAGAUAAAUGGGAUGAUAUAGCAAAGACAUGCCUCAUAGUCUAUAAAAGACUUCUCACAGGUGACACAGAUGCAUAGCUGCAGUGAGGAGAUAAUCACUUGAGCUAUGUGCUUUGUCUAAAGUGGGGGGAAAUACCACAGAGUAGGCCCUUUUCAGGCAGCGUGACGUAGAAUCUAAACUACAUAUAAGUGAAGAAGGGAGACUGAAGCAAUAGUAGGUAGACUGACUUCUGUUAACAAAGGCGUGUUGACAAUAACUGACAUCAGCCAUGUAGGCAAGAGUUGGGGAACAAACACAACGUGAUAAUGAAUUCUCAUAACUGGAAAUACAGUAGUGACUUAUGUAAAGAGAUGUUAUGACUCCGUCACCUGCAGACUAGGAUUGUGCAAUUGAUUUUUCUUUUCAUCUUUUUUAGUAACUCAGUUUAGACAACAGCUCCUAAUGUAGACAUAAGGAAAGAUACUGGAAAAAAAGGGCCAGUCAUUUAUGUGGUCAUUCUGCAAGGCCUGACACUUUGGACAGGAGAGAAAGCAGGAAGAGGGUAGGGGUUAUUUUUGCAUGGAUUUUUUUUUUUUCCCUGUGAGAAUGAACAGUGCAUCCUCUGUUCUCAAACUGUUUUU